AUGAAUUCUUUAUUGACCGUUAAAAGCAACGCUGAAGAACCUGAUACCUCUGAUGGAAAAGUCAGCAUGCCUGAUGCCUCUAACGGGAACGUCAAUAAACCUGACACCUUUAACGGAAACGUCACAGUACCCGAUACUUUUAAAGUAGUACGUGAUAAUGAAAAUGUAAUUGUUCAUUUAGUGGACAAAGUUCUUGUAAAAUACUUGCGAAAUUUAUUGCCUGGAGAAAGUUUAUAUGAUGUCAAUCCCAAGAUUUCAUCACAUGAGUUGUUUCUUGCUUUUCCUGAUCUUAAAAAGGCUCCAUUGGUUGAUUGGAUUGAAAAGGAGUAUCAAUCUAAAGUUUCUCAAAUAAAACAAAUGACCGACAGAAAUGUUAUCACAUAUAAAAGUCUAUUUUAUCUAUUUCCAAAAGGUCAACAUGUACGCGCAGUAUGGAACGAACAUACAGUAGGCGCGAAAGUAAUCAAAGCAUCGUAUCAUAGUAAUUAUCAUCAUGAAUAUAUGAUUGUUCAAUGCGAAGUAAUCGAUUCAGAUGGGGUCUCUUUUAUUCGUGGAACAAAAUCAUUCUUUGUUGAAUCUUGGGAAGGUGUAUGUAAAAUCGAAGAACUUUCCGUUGUUCCAUUAUCAAAAGAGAAUCCGAUUCGCGACGAGCUAGUAACACGGGGAAGAAAAUUCGUGAAAUACGCAAUCGGCCGCGUUAUGAUUGAUACCGUCUCAUUCACCAAAACUAAUCCAAGUUACAAUAUGGAUACCGCGAGGAGAGUUGUUAAUAAUGUCCAUAAUAAUAAAUAUAAUGUAAAAACUGUCUGUGAGGAAGAUCUUUUCAUGUGCGCACCUUCAUGUUAUGGAUUUAGUUUUGUGGCGAAAAAAUGGGGUCAAAUAUACGUUGAACAUAUAGAAGAUGUAAAAUUUGAUGAUGAUGUAUUCAAUCAACUUGUCAUGGAUCCAAUCAAAAAAGAACUGAUUCUCAGUCUUGUUACGUCAAAAUAUAAAGGAGUGGAUCUUAUCAGCGGUAAAGGUGGUGGUUGCAUCUUUUUAUUACAUGGACCUCCUGGAGUUGGGAAAACAUUAACCGCAGAAGCAAUUUCCGAGUUUCUUCAUCGACCAUUAUAUUCUGUUAGUGUUGGAGAAUUAGGGACAAAAGUUGUUGAUUUAGAAUCUAAAUUGAGCGAAAUUCUUGAUGUGGCAAGUGUUUGGAAUGCCGUCAUAUUAAUCGAUGAAGCCGAUAUAUUCCUUGAACGUCGAAGUGAAGAUGACAUCAAACGCAAUGCUCUAGUUAGUAUAUUCUUAAGGUUACUCGAAUACCAUCAAGGAAUUUUGUUCUUGACAACAAAUCGAGUAAAUUGCUUUGAUACCGCUUUCACAUCUCGUAUUUCGGUUGCCUUGAAAUAUAAUGAACUGGAUGCUGAUGCACGUGAACAAUUAUGGCGUACAUUUUUGGAUCGCGUUGAAGGAAAAGGCAAAACCCAGGUGAAUAUUAAUUAUUUGAAAGAGAGGCCUUUAAAUGGAAGAGAAAUUAAGACGGCUGUAAGAUUAGCAAAGGCAUUAACUACGAAAGAUAAUCCUGAUGCAUUAAUCACUACACAACAAUUGGAAGCAAUUCUCGAUAUUUCAAAAUCUUUCACUGAGGAGAUCUUUAAUUAG